AUGAGCAAUACGGCUAGGAGUUGGAUGUAUGAUAGACUAGAUGCCGAUGGAUAUAUUUCACCUAUUUUCACAAAUGGAUUGAAGACAUUCAUUGAAUUUGCUUGUAGUAAUCAAAGUUUUAUGGAUGGAGAUAAAAUUAAAUGCCCUUGCAAAAAAUGUCUAAACAGAGCAUUUCAAGAAGUUGAAGUUGCAAAGUUUCACUUGUCUAAGUUUGGUUUUAUUCCGAACUACUAUUUAUGGAAUAAACAUGGAGAAACAUCAAUAGGUAGUACUUCAUUUGGGAUGGAUGAUACACACUCUCCUUUUAAUGAACACCAUGAUCCCUCUUACAGUGAAAUGGUUAUGGAUGCUGCCGGUUAUGACUUUAUAGAAAGAACUUUUGAUGAGGAUCCAAAUCCAGAAGAUAAGAAGUUCUUUGAUAUGCUAGAGGCUGCUGAUAGAGAAUUAUGGUCAGGUUGUAAAAAAGCAACUCAAUUGUCUGUUGCCGCUAGACUAUUGAAUAUCAAAUCAGAAUAUCGCAUCCCUGAGCAAUGUUUUAAUGCAAUAUGUCAAUUGAUGAAGGAUGGGUUACCAGAAGAUAAUAACAUGGUUGAUAGUUUGUAUGAGACAAAGAAGUUAAUACAAGCACUUGGUCUACCUGUGGAACAUAUUGAUUGUUGUAGGUCUGGAUGCAUGUUAUAUUGGAGGGAUAACAAAGAUCUUGAUCAAUGCAAAUUUUGUGAAGCGCAGAGGUAUAAAUCUUCAACAAAUUCUUCUAAGUGUUCACGUGUAGCUUACACCCGAAUGCAUUACCUGCCUUUAACUCCAAGGUUGAAAAGAUUAUAUGCUUCUCAAGCAACAGCCGCUUCGAUGCGAUGGCAUGCUGAGGAUCAUGGUCAUGAUGUUGGAGUUAUGUGUCAUCCAUCUGAUUCCGAAGCUUGGAAGAAAUUUGAUAUCAAUCAUCCUUCAUUUGCAGCUGAAAGGCGUAAUGUUAGGUUGGGCCUAUGUACAGAUGGAUUUCAACCCCAUGGAACCUCAGGAUCACAAUAUUCGUGUUGGCCCAUUAUCAUUACACCUUAUAAUUUGCCACCGUCUAUGUGUAUGAAAGAGCCUUACAUGUUUUUGACUGCAAUUGUGCCUGGACCCAAGAAUCCUAAGGAUAAGUUAGAUGUUUUCCUUGAACCUGUUAUUGACGAACUAAAGAAAUUAUGGGAAGAAGGUGUCUUAACAUAUGAUGUAUCGUUAAGACAAAAUUUUCAAAUGAGAGCCGCUUUAAUGUGGACAAUUAGCGAUUUCCCGGCUUAUGGAAUGCUAUCAGGUUGGUCAACUGCAGGGAAGUUAGCAUGUCCACAUUGUGGAAAAUCUUCACAAGCAUUUAGGCUUCCAAAUGGUAAGAAGAUUUCUUGGUUUGACUGCCAUAGAAGAUUCCUCAAAUCUAAUCACCCAUUCAGACUAAGUAAGACUAAAUUCACCAAGAAUCGGGUAGAAAGAAGGAAUCCUCCUCCAAUUAUGACAGGUGCAGCAAUUUUAAGGGAAAUUAAAGAUUAUGGUUUCGUAAAAGUGACAGAAGCUAAUUCUUAUGUAGUAAAUAAAUCAUGCAACAAGGUUAAGUGUGGUUGGAAAAAGAGAAGCAUAUUUUGGGAUUUGCCAUAUUGGAAAACAAAUCUUAUAAGACAUAAUUUUGAUGUUAUGCAUGUUGAGAAAAACUUUUUUGAAAAUUUGUUUUACACCGUAAUGGAUGUUAAAAACAAGACAAAGGAUAAUGUAGGCGCAAGAGCUGAUUUAAAACUAUUAUGUAACAGAAAAGGGUUUGAUAAAAAUCAAGUUACAGGCGAGUAUCCAAGAGCACCUUAUGCAUUAUCUAAGGAACAAAAGAAAGUCAUAUGUAAAUGGGUAGAAAGUUUGACAUUCCCAGAUGGUUAUGUUUCAAAUCUAGGGAGGUGUGUAGAUUUGAGCACAUGUAAAGUCUUUGGAAUGAAGAGUCAUGAUUGCCAUGUUUUUAUGCAAAGGUUGUUGCCAAUUGCAUUUCGUGAGAUGUUGCCGAAAAAGGUGUGGGAAGCAAUUACCGAGUUAAGUCUUUUCUUUAAAAGAUUAACUGCAUCGGUAAUUACUGUUGAAGACAUGAAAAGGAUUGAAGAUGAAAUUCCCAUAAUUCUUUGUAAAUUGGAAGGUAUUUUUGUCCCCGGCUUUUUUGACUCAAUGGAGCAUUUGCCGAUACAUUUGCCAUAUGAAGCGAAGAUAGCAGGUCCCGUCCAAUAUCGAUGGAUGUAUCCAUUUGAAAGAUUACUCCAUCAGUUGAAAAAGGAUGUUAAAAAUAAAGCUAGAGUGGAAGGUUCAAUUUGCAAUGCAUUCUUGGUUCGUGAAGCAUCAAUAUUUUGCUCUUACUAUUUCGAGCCUCAUGUUUAUACACGUAACCGAAAGGUUCCUCGAAAUGAUGAUGGAGGAGCUCAAGACGAUGAUGAAGAAAAGUUGACUAUAUUUUCACAUCCUGGUCGCCCAUAUGGAAAACUCAAGAGGAGAAGGUUAACUGAUAUGGAAUUUAAUGCUGCACAUUCUUACAUAUUAGUUAAUGAAGAAAAAGUGCAACCCGAAUAUGAAAAGUUGUUGAAAGAUCUAUAUCCUGAUAUAAGUGAACAUGAUCUCCAGGCAGAAGUGGAUAAAAAUUUUGCAUCAUGGUUUGAGAAUUAUGCACGCCAAAAUCAAAUAAAGAACAAGUAUAUAUAUGAUCUUUCUAGAAAACCUUUAAGGACAGUGAAAUUAUAUAAUGUCUAUUUUGUCAAUGGUUAUAAGUUUCAUACAGAAUCAUAUGGUGCUCAUAAAUCAACAAUGAAUAGUGGAGUGUGUAUAAGUAGCGAAUCAUGUGAUUACUACGGAAGGUUGGUGGAAAUAUUAGAAGUUGAAUAUCCUGGUUUGCCGGUUAAAAGCACAAUAUUGUUCAAAUGCGAUUGGUAUGAUCCAACACCUGAUAUAGGAGUCAAGGUCCACAAUCAAUAUAAAUUGGUUGAUAUAAACAAACGAAGAAAGUUCAAGAAGUUUGAGCCAUUUUUUUUGGCUAUGCAAGCUGCUCAAGUUUGUUACAUACCAUACCCCAGCAUGAGGCAGAACAUGUCUGAUUGGUUGGCUGUAUGUAAAGUUAAACCUCGAGGAUGGAUUGAUGUGCAAAAUAGUGAUUAUCAAAAAGAUGUUGCUUUUCAAGAAGAUGAAGUUGAAGCAAAUGAAAUCAUUUGCAGCACGGAAGAACCUUCCACAAGUGCACAUGAUGAAACAGUUGAGUAUGGCGACAUGUCAAGCAACGUUUCUGAUGAUGAAAGUAAUGAUAACAAUGAAGGCGAGUUUGAGUAUAGUUCAACGACAAAUGAAGAAGAAGAUGUUGGAGGAGAUGACCAUUUUGAUUAUGAUAGUGAUUAA